AUGCGAAUCCUCCUCCUCCUCUCCCUCGCCACGCUGCUCCUCUUCUCCUCCUUCUCUCCCACCCUCUGCGCCGACGACGACAACGAAGAUCUCAGUUUCCUCGAAGACGAGCCCUCCACGCCCGGCCACAAUCAUCACUUCGCCGAUGACGCAAGCUACGGAGACUUCGACGACUUCGAGGACGACGCCGAACCCUACAAGCAGCCUGAGGUUGACGAGAAAGACGUCGUCGUUUUGAAGGACAAGAAUUUCAGCGAAAUCGUCAAGAAUAACCGCUUCGUCAUGGUUGAAUUCUACGCGCCGUGGUGCGGCCACUGCCAGGCCCUCGCGCCGGAGUACGCCGCCGCAGCCUCCGAGCUCAAGGGCGAAAAUGUCAUUUUGGCAAAGGUGGAUGCCACGGAGGAGAAUGAAUUGGGGCAGCAGUACGAUGUGCAGGGUUUCCCCACUAUCUACUUCUUUCUUGAUGGCAUUCACAAACCUUAUAAUGGCCAAAGGACCAAGGAUGCUAUAGUGACGUGGAUUAAGAAGAAGAUUGGACCUGGUAUAUAUAACUUGACUACCUUGGAGGAUGCUCAACGUAUUUUGACCAACGAAACUAAAGUUGUUUUGGGCUUCCUCAAUUCUUUAGUUGGUCCUGAGAGUGAGGAGCUUGCUGCCGCUUCAAGAAUUGAGGAUGAUGUCAACUUUUAUCAAACCGUGAAUUCUGACGUGGCAAAGCUUUUCAAUAUUGACCCCGAUGCGAAGCGCCCCGCUUUGAUCCUCGUCAAGAAGGAGGAGGAAAAACUUAACCACUUUGAUGGCAAAUUUGAGAAGUCUGCAAUAGCGGACUUUGUCUAUUCCAACAAGCUUCCUUUGGUAACAAUUUUUACAAGAGAAAGUGCCCCAGCAGUCUUUGAAAAUCCAAUCAAGAAACAGUUGUUGCUGUUUGCGACAUCAAAUGAUUCGGAGAAGUUCAUCCCGGUAUUUCAAGAAGCAGCAAAAUCGUUCAAGGGAAAGUUGAUCUUUGUAUAUGUGGAACUGGAUAAUGAAGAUGUUGGAAAGCCUGUUUCAGAAUACUUUGGUAUCAGUGGGAAUGCUCCAAAAGUACUUGGAUACACUGGGAAUGAUGAUGGGAAAAAAUUUGUGCUUGAUGGCGAGGUGACUGCUGACAGAAUUAAGGCAUUUGGGGAAGAUUUUCUCGAAGACAAGCUAAAACCAUUUUACAAGUCAGAUCCAAUUCCUGAAAGUAAUGAUGGUGAUGUGAAAAUAGUAGUUGGGAAUAAUUUUGAUGAAAUUGUCUUGGAUGAGUCAAAGGAUGUUCUCCUUGAGAUUUAUGCUCCCUGGUGUGGCCAUUGCCAAGCACUGGAGCCAAUAUAUGACAAGCUUGCAAAACAUCUUAGUAGCAUUGAGUCUCUUGUAAUAGCCAAGAUGGAUGGAACAACAAAUGAGCAUCCCAGGGCUAAGCCUGAUGGAUUCCCCACUCUUCUCUUCUUCCCAGCAGGAAACAAGAGUUUUGACCCUAUUACUGUUGAUACAGAUCGUACUGUGGUAGCCUUCUACAAGUUCAUCAAGAAACAUGCAUCAAUCCCAUUCAAGCUCCAGAAACCAACCUCAACUACUCAACCCGAGAGCUCUGACGCCAAGGGGAACACUGGUGCCAAAGAUAGCCAGAGUAGCAAUAGUGAUGUGAAGGAUGAAUUAUGA